GAGUCGACGUUCGGGUGCAUGCAGAGUCUCGUGGGUUAGAGUGAUCCGGAAAUUUCGUUACCUACUGUAUUUUAAUUUUAGAUCCGACGAAAAUACAAAAAUGCCCCAGUACAAACUGAUCUAUUUCAAGACCACAGGAGUAUCUGAAUUUGUGCGAUAUCUAUUCAGCUAUGCAGAUCAGGAUUUUGAAGACGUGAGACACGAUAUUACAACUUGGUCGAAGUUCAAGCCCGAGACACCUUACGGAGUGUUGCCGAUAUUGGAAAUCGACGGGAAGACUUACCACCAGAGCUUGGCGAUCGGCAGAUACUUGGCCAAAGAGUUCAACUUGACCGGUAGUAACACACUGGAAGAUUUGGAGAUCGACUCUAUGGUAGACACGAUCAACGAUUACAGAAUUCUAUUCAGUCAGUACUUGUGGGAGACAAACGAGGACACGAGAGCCAAACAGAAGGAACAGCUUGUGCAGGAAAAAAUUCCAUUCUAUCUGACCAGGUUUGAAAAUCGGGUGAAAGCAAAUGGCGGCUACUUCUUUGGUGCAAAGCUUACUUGGGCCGACCUGUUCUUCGUUUCGCUGAAGCCAUACGUCGACUUCACUAUUGGAUUCGACACCCUGAAGAACCACGUUGCCCUGGCAGAGCAUGCGAAGAAGAUCAACGCGAUUCCCAACAUAAAGAAAUGGCUCGAUACUCGACCUACCGAAUGCUGCAUACAAGAAUUUUUGGACGCUAAGCAUAAAGAUUGAUCAAACGAUCCUACGCAGUGUAAUUAACGAUCUUACGCUA